AUGGGACGUCCGCCGAAGAUUGUGAGUCAGGAGAAAAUAGAGCAGUUCCAGCUGGAGCUGGAAAUGGCUGGUCAAGACCCAGAGUUACUGCUGAAGGACAAGAAAGGACGCUCGAGAUCAUGUCUGCUAUGUCAGCGACGGAAAAGAAAGUGUGACCAUAAGGUACCAAGCUGUACGGCGUGUCUGAAGGCUGGUGUACGUUGUGUGCAGCCUAGCAAAUACGUGAGCAGCCCAUCGCCGCGAGCUACACCUUCAGAAUCGCCUUCUCAGACUCCCGCAUCUAAUAUCACACAGCGGGCAUCAGGGCCUAUUAACUCUGUUGGAGCAGUUACAACGGCUACAAAAGCCCCCAAACAAGAUGAAUACACCAAGUUCUUGGAAAAGAAAUUGAGAUAUCUUGAGAAAAUGCUUGACAUGCCACCCACGGGCGAGCCAUUCAAGAAAAGACUUGCCAAUUACAGACGAAUCGCUCACCUCAUCGACAGUCCGGCACCAGAGGAAGCGACGGAUAUAAACGGAAGAACUCACCUUAGUUGUGCUGGAGCUUCAACUACUCAGUUUGCCAUUCCCCCACCAUUGUCGUCUACUGGGUCGUCUCCAAUUCUACCACCACCUCAAACUGUCAAAUUUUUCCCUCUACAACCUGAGUCUCAUUCCAGAGGUGAGACUCGCAUCAACAACCGUGUGACUAGCUCACUAGCUGCAUUGAGUUCAGAUUCACUGGACUCUAUCGAUUUCUCUCGUUGCAUCUUCGCGAAAUACAACCUUCGCGAUUUUUUAUCGUACGAUCCAGCCUUUGAGUUUGAGGAGCAAUUAUCUCGGGCCUUCUUAGAUACCUAUUUCACGAGGCUCCAGUUCAAAUAUCCUUUGCUGGAUAAACAAGAAAUUUACAGCUUUCACGAUGGUUACAUUGGUAAUAAUGUUCAUUCUUAUUCGACACAAGAGUUUCAUUUUGCAUGUGGCAGAAUGUGGCUUAUUUUUAGCAUAAGUGCCUGCCUCCAUAUGUCAGCCGGCAAAUACCAAGGCCUGCCACCUAAUAGAUAUUUUUCCACCGCCAUUCGUCACAUAACCAAGUGUGGUGAAAAAUUGACGUACGUUCAGCAAGUGGAGAUUCUCACUUUACUGGUAUUAUACAUGAUACGGACAGACCGAGAUUCGAGUGGUCUUUAUGAGAUUAUAAAGGACGUUACCUCAAUAUGCAAGAACAAAUUGCAUCUCAAUAAGUGGAAUGCUCAAGACAUUUUUGCAGGCAAGAAACUUCGGCUAUUUUGGUGUGUCUAUUUGUUGGAGAGGAUGAUAUGUGUGGCGGUCGGUAAACCCUACACAAUACCAGAAUCUGAAAUUGAUCUCCCAUUAUUCGAUGAAGCCAGUUUCAAUAAUAGCUCGAUGAACGAUGAAAAAAGGCAUGAACGAGGACUAAACUUCAUCAAUCAGUCUUUGAAGCUGAGAAGAAUUGAGUCUCAGUUUGUGGAAUGUCUGCAAAUUAUUCCACAAAAGUCCAACAGCACAAUGGAAAACUAUAAAGGUACGGUUGAACUUGCUAAACAGCUACCACAUGUGAAAGAAUUUUUCCAUGAGCUAGAAAUAUGGCGAUCAAACUGUUCUACUUCUCGCGUUCCCAAUUUCGAGAAUGAAACUUUGAAGCUAUACUAUUUCAGAUCCGUCAGACUAUUGAUCCAACCCUACUUGGAGCUUCUCGAGCCCGAGAAUAGACUUUUCCGCGAAUGCCAGGCAGCUGCUGGUCAGAUUUGCCAACUUUAUAAAAUUUUCCAUCAGAAGACGGUUUAUGGUCAUUCUACGCCUGCCGUGCAUACGGUGUUUGUCGCUGGCGUAACUUUAAUUUAUUGUAUGUGGCUGAUGAGAAACUGGGAUGAUGAGAGGCGAAGAAAAUUGGGCGACAUCUCAAAGCACACUAGACCACUGGUCAGUGCAAGCUUAUUCUCUACCAUGGACGAUCUUAGAGCUUGUUCAGCGUGCCUCUAUGUUAUGGCAGAAAGAUCGAAGUUCGCAAUAACAUUCAGAGACACUUUUGAUCAGUUAAUGAAUGCUACGAUUGGGAACCUCAUAGAACGUUGCGGGCCCGAUUCAUCGGAGCUGAUUUACAUCAAUGAGGACAGAAGUGAAAGCGAGUACUCUGUUGGUGGGCGGUCAGAAAAUUCUGAUAACACUGGGGCCGACGUAAGCUCGCAAAUGGUUGAAGGUGGCAUGCCACCUGCAAUCAGACGUACGUUUGGUACGGCUUCCAAUGAUGCUCAUGUUGGGUUUGUGGAGACUCCUCAGGUUGAUCUUGAAGAGCAGAAGGUGUUGAAGAAAAAACAAGGCGAUUUACAAAAAGCCACUGUACCGCAAAAACUUUCAUACCUUUUGGCACCGGAUAUUGAUGAAGAAGUCAGUAAAAGCACUAGAUCAAGUUCUCCGAGGCGCAAGUCAAGUGGAAGUGCCAAGUAUCAAUCUGAGAAGGACAAGUAUUUUGUAAAAAAACCGGCGCAUAUCACGGAAUCAGAUUGGCAAGCAUUUCAGCAGCAAGCUUUUUUGCAACAACACCACGCUCAGCAAACUCUUCAAGCGUAUUUGGACUCGUUACAUGGAAAGCUUGGUGAUCGUAACGUCGAGUCUACUUCAGAUCCAAAAAAUCAACUGGAAGAUUCUGCGACAACUGGAUAUUCCGCUGGAACACCCAAUAAUCGUACAGCUGAGCCAGUUGCAACGGAUUCUUCAAUAGUUAGUAACCCACACUGGUCUAAACCCACCGGAGCUGCAUUGCCAAGAAAUGGCAGUGGUAUCACACCAAUAGGAACGGCCGAAACGAUGCGGACCUCGCUUUCAAGUCCUGCAGCUAUGUCAAUCCAGUCUAGGCCUAUCAACGGUUAUGCCAACACAGAUGCAGAUUUUAGUGGGAUUCUUUUUAACAAUGGAACUCAUAAUAUGAUCAACAAUAUUUCGACGUGGACGAACGAUUCGGUUGUGGAUCUUAUGAAUAAUUACCAGGCGGAUCAUAAUUCGCCCUUCAACGUUAAUACUUCAUCAGAUCCAUCUCUUCGUUUUAACGCUAUGAACCCUUGUUCAAAUACAUCCAGAUUUGCUACUCCAGUAUCGCAAAUGCACCCUAUUCCACCAGUGGAUAAACCGCUGAUGCCGACGCAACAUCAAAUAGCCCAGACCCCAUCGGACCAUGCUCGGCAGCAGGAACGUAUUCCGCAACAGCAGCCUCAACGACAACAUCCCCAUCAACAGCAGCAGCAGCAGCACCAACAGAGGUCAAUGCAGCAUCAACGUCUACAUCAACAGUUUCCUCUUGGAAGGCCCAAUCCUCAGCCUGUGAGAAAACACUUUCAGUCUGAUUUAUUGUUUGGUACGCCGGUAGAGGAGUUUUGGACAGUAAACGACGAUUACGGAUUUCUUGCUUGA